AUGGACCUAUUGCAGACAUACAAAGACUCCUGCAACAGCGACGGCGAAGACCACCGUACGUUCGACCAAUCCUCACCGGACUCCUCCCCUCCCCGCCUCUCAAUCGUCCCCAAAUCUGCCGCCCCAAAAGUCGACGGCACCAUGCUUUCUUUCACCGUUGCCGCUGCAAUCACCAACAAAACCCUCUUCUCCGCCGGCUGGCGUCUGCUUCACGAUCUCACACCUGAGCAGACCACCGUCUCUAUGAUUGUCUCAAAGGAUUUUUUAGAAGAAAAUGGAACUUCCAUGAGGGGUAACAAGUCAAAGAAGAUGAAGUUGAUUAAUGCCCAUCUUAAGAAGAUCAAUAAGCCUUUUCUUAAGUCAAUUAAGAGUUCGGAUGGUGAUAUAAUAGAUUGCGUUUUGUUUCAUCUUCAACCCGCUUUUGAUCUUUCAGAAUUAAGAGGAAAAAUGUCAUUGAUUCCACCAGAGUUACCAAAAGAGCAUGCUAAUGCGGGAAAGAACCCAGAAAUCAAACAGUUGUGGAAUUCAAAGGGUGAAUCGUGCCCAAAUGGAACCAUUCCAAUUAAAAGAACAAGAGCAAGUGACAUUUUCAGAUCCAUUUCAAUUUCUAAGUUUGGAAAGAAAUAUAGUAGAAAAGACAUCCCAGUUUCCACACAACAUGAGCAUGCAGUUGGGUGUGUAACACAAAGAGAAUUUUAUGGAGCAAAGGCGCUAUUAAAUGUAUGGAGACCAAAUGUUACUGGAAAUGAUUUUAGCCUUUCACAAAUAUGGGUUAUCGCUGACGUUCCAAAUCGUCCUGUCAAUACUAUUGAAGUCGGUUGGCAGGUUUAUCCAAGUUUACACAAAGAUAGUCUUCCAAGACUAUUUACUUACUGGACUGCCGAUGGAUAUCAGUCUGGUUGCUACAAUUUGGUAUGUCCUGGGUUCGUCCAAACCAAUCCAAAUGUUUGCCUUGGAGCUGCUAUAGAUCCAACAUCAAAAUAUGGCGGCCAACAAUAUGAAGGCGCCUAUAUGAUAUGGAAGGACCCGAAGAGCGCAGACUGGUGGUUGAGAGUGGGAACAGAAGUGAUAGGGUUCUGGCCGUCAAAUUUAUUCACAGAUCUUCGAGAUCACGCAACGAUAAUAGAAUAUGGUGGAGAAGUGUAUGCUGAAAACUUGGGUACCCACACAUCGACUCAAAUGGGUAGUGGUCACUUCCAGAAUGAAGGUUUUAGGAAGGCAGCAUAUGCCAGGAAAUUGGAAGUGGUUGAUCAUGAUAAUCAUUUAAUUGGAGUUUCUAAUCUAGGUGUAAUAGCAGAGAAACCCAAUUGUUAUGGUGUUAAAAAUGGGUAUAAUAAUGCUUGGGGUAAUUAUAUAUAUUUUGGAGGACCUGGUUAUAAUCCAAAUUGUCUCUAG